AUGUAACUACGGAACAUAUUUAUACUGCUGCCGUGUUGUCAACCAGUUGACAGGCAGAAAAUAUAGAGAUUGUUUUAUUGUUUAUACCACUUCAGCAGUAUUCAUAUCACCAUGUUUGAUGAAGCAAGCAUCUACAAUCUUAUUCCUACAGAGGAAGAGAAGAAAAUCAAACAACCAAGGUACACUUCCAAGUUCCGUGAUAAUGUGAAACAGGAAUAUGUAUCUGGUAGAGGGGAUCACAAGACCAUGGGUCAGGCUAAGGUCCCAGUCCCAACAACAGACGAUUUCCUGAAGAAACGUUCCAAGGAUAUUAUCCUACCUAAAGAUCUUCCCCCAGAUCAACAGUUUCAUUACCCUGAUGAAAACAGAAGGAGACCCCCAGUACCGAAGGUGGACGACAAGCCCCUGAUGGGUCUCAAAACCUCCAAAAACUUCAUCACAACAAACGCUGUGCAGAACAUAACAUCUGUCCCCAGACAACCACAGAAAAUCUAUGUUGACACAAGGGGUGGACACAAAAACUUGCUGGAACCAUCUGGUUUAGAACCUAUCUACACCAGUAAGAAGGACUUUGGAGAAACACCAAAAUACCUAAGCAAAAGAAAGGAAGAAAUGAAGAAAGCACAAGAGGAAUAUGAUGCCUAUGUAGCUGAGCAUUUCAGGAGGGGGGCCAUGAAAUCUCUCUCACAAGAAGAGAGGGCAGCUAUUCUCAAGGGACUUAAACAAAACUGGGAAGAAAUUCACGACCAAUAUCAAGGAUUAUCAGUGGUUCCUGAUACAGCCCCCAAGAAGAACAGGAAAGAACGAAUGGAGGCCGAAAUGAAACAGCUAGAAAGAGACAUUGAAACCAUUGAAAGGCACAAAAUCAUCUAUAUAGCUAACUAAUUAAAUGGGGAUCUUUUCCUUUGGAUAUUUAAAUUUUUCUAUGUUUUUAUUGAAGACUAUUAUCAAUUGAGGAAAAAAUAUUGAAAACUUUGUGUUAGCCUAACACCGUAUUGUUCACAUCAUGCAGAAAAUCUACAAAAUGGAUUACAGUUCUUAAUAUAUGCUUUAAACUGGAAAAACUGAAUUGUGUUGAAAAGUUUUCUCCUCAAUAUAUUUAUACAUAUAUGUAAUACACUUGAUAUCAAUUCUUGUCAUAAUUCAGAAUUUCCUUGGAAGCAGAAUAAUUAUAUACAUUUUUUGUUAAUUUUAUGAGGUACUGAGUGCAAGAGAGAGUUUGCUCAUCUUUAUGUUCAUGUUGAAUGAAUAUAGUAAAUACAUGUAAAUAAAAUCAA